CGCGGUUGAACGCGCUGAAUUUCGAGGGGGUGGAGGGGAGACCGGGACGCAGCAGCGAACACUGUCCUGCCGACCGCCGCGAGCGGCAGCCGCGGUCCACACGGGCCGGGACAGGCUUUGAGGGAGCAGAGAGCGGAGUGCAGGCGAAAUGGCCCUGGUGCCCUAUGAGGAGACAGCGGGAGUGGGCUUGCAGAAAUUCCACAAGCCUCUAGCCACCUUCUCCUUUGCCAACCACACCAUCCAGAUCCGGCAGGACUGGAGACAGCUGGGAGUCGCAGCCGUGGUGUGGGACGCGGCUGUCGUUCUUUGCACGUAUCUGGAGAUGGGAGCUGUGGAGCUGCGGGGCUGCUCUGCUGUGGAGCUGGGCGCCGGCACCGGGCUGGUGGGCAUAGUGGCGGCCCUGCUGGUGAAACUGGGGUUCUGGGAGAUGAAACCUUUUGUGAAGUCCUGGUCAGUGGAGCCCCGAGAGUCAAACCAGGCUCCUCAGACACUGCGGUCCUUUAUUAUCUUUCCUUGAUGCUAACUUUGCUGCUGCGAGAGGAGUUAUCUGGAAGGGAGAUGAGGUAUCUUCUGUUUCUGCAGCAGCUGGCACAGAAACGGGUUAGUUGGCCAAGUGCAUAGGUUUAGAGUUAUACUUGGUUUUGACACCUCCUUUAACUCUUACCAGCUCUGUGACCUUCGGCAAAUUGCUUAAUCUCUCAGCUUCAGUUUCCCUGUAAACUGGGGAUAAUAAUUAGUUCAUGCCUGAGGAUCCAGUGAGAUCAGGCACAGGAAGCAGUUAGCUCAUUAACUGGCACAAAGCAAAUGCUCAAAUAAAUGUUGAUUGCUCCUCUGAGUAUUUCUUUUUGUGAUCUAGAAGUCUGGAUCUGUGGGAUGGGGAAAACCGGAUGAGCUUUUUCAAAGACUAGGGCAGAGCGAGGGAUGGUUAGUUGUUGCCUCAUAAGAGGGAUAGCUCCUGGAGUGGCUGGAGGGGAGCCGCAGACCCUGUGCUCCUGAUGGGGGACGUGUGCUUCCUGGCCGGGUUUCACUGUCACCUCUUGGAAUCCUUUCCUGCCCCACAGCAGAAUUCAUUGCAGCCUGAUUUCUUCUCCCCACAGCGCUUGGUCGGCUCACCACCUGCGUCCCCACUGUGUCACAUUUUGUAACAGGUGGUUUGUCCUUGUGUCUGUCUGUCCUGGCUGGCUGAGGUUCCUGAGACUCGGGACUGCACCUUACUCUGUGUGUCCUUGGCCCCACACACCACUUGCCACACAGUAGAUCCUUCAGUAGCUCUGGAAUCAGAGUUGAACAAACUAGAAGAUCAUGAAAAGUCAUGUUUCUUUUACAAAAGUGAUGUCACUCUCUUUCAAAGUAGACCUAGAAGCAGAAUACAGAAAGGGGAUGACGAACUCAUCUAAUGUCCUAAUUAUUCAUGACUCUGCAACAUACAUAGUGUUGCCAUUUUGGUAUAUUUCCUUCCAUUCCUUUUCCUCCCCCUGUAUUUUUUUUUUUUUUUAAG